GCGGGCCGGGCACGGAGGAGCGGGGCGGGGCCUCCGGGGCGGGGCGGUGCCGCGAACUGAGGGUGCGUCGGUUCGGCCGGGGCCGCGGGGCUCAGAGGCCGCCCGACGCGCCAUGGCCGCAGCGAGCGCCCCUGGGCUGGCCGCGGGGGUCCUCGGCGCGUUCUGCCUGGUGCUCUGGUUCGAUGUCAUCAGCUGUGAGCAGCUGUCAUCAGCCCAAUCAGUGUUUGGAGUUGUGAACAAGAGUGUAACUUUCCUUACAGCAAGCUCUAUACCCGUUAAAGACAUUCUGUGGAAAAAAAGAAAGGAUAAAGUUGUAGAAAAGGAAGAAAACCUUGAUGAAAGCAUUUACCCACCUUUUAGAGAGAGAAUUCUUUUAAACAUUGUGACGGGUGACCUCACCAUCUUCAAUUUAUCAUCCUCAGAUGAAGAUGAGUAUGAAUUUGAAUCCACAAGCAUUAAAGAUAGCAUCAAAUUCUUUCUCACGGUGUUUGAGCCUCUUCCAUCUCCGACACUAAACUGUAUAUUGAUUAAUGAAACCAUUAUGGUCCAAUGCGGGAUCCCUGAAGUUUACAGCAGCCAUAGAGACCUUAUAACGUACUCGUGGUAUUGCCCUUUAGCAGGGUGUGACGAUGGCCCAGGAUCACCAAUAUUGUAUGUUAAAACGGAAAAUGAUCUCUCACAGGAAAUACAGUGCACUAUUAGCAACGCAUUACUGAAUAGUACAUCAUCACUUGUUUUGAGAACCUGUCUCCCAGCUGAUCAUUCAAGGCACAGAUAUGUGCUUCUUGCAGUACCACUGUUGGUAAUAGUUCUAAUAGUUAUUCUUCUAGGAGCUUUUCAGAGAUGGAGAGCAGAAUGAUUCAGAACCACUUAAGUUCCCUGUAGACUGUGCAAUGGGUCCAGUUUCUUGGUAAUAGAAGAUGAAAUCCAAUGUGUAGUAACUAAGUUAUUUAAAUAUCUUUGAAAAACUGUUGGAUUUACCACUCGUGUUUUACAUGAUCUUUGAAGAAACUUUGGAAGUGUAACUUGAAGUGUUCAUCAGAGGCCAAUUUUUUUUUUGCAAGAAAUAUCAACCGACAAAGACAAGCAUUAGCUUCUGCUCUGUUACCAACACUUUAUGUGACUAGGUGCUCACUUGGCUAUCGAUUGUUUCUUGUAAAUUGUGGGUUGGCGAGAUGAAGCGUUUGUACAUAAUUGUAAAUACGUACAUAAGUGA